UUACGCAGCUUCCAACAAUCACGGAGCAGUCUCACACCCAGGUUGCCUACCCUUUCGAUGAGGACUUUACAAUUAAAUGUGAAGCCAAAGGAAACCCACAGCCCACCUUUAACUGGACUAAGGAUGGAAAACCGUUUGAUUUAUUAUCUGACCCGAGGAUAGUUGCGUCAAACAACUCCGGAACAUUUGUGAUUCAAAACCGUGGAAUCAUCACCAAUUUUCAAGGGAAAUAUCGCUGCUUUGCAUCCAACGGGCUGGGAACUGCCAUGUCGGAAGAAAUUGAGCUAAUUGUUCCAACUGUGCCAAAAUUCCCAAAAGAAAAAAUUGAGCCCCUUGAUGUGGAGCACGGCGAUUCUGUGAUUUUGCACUGUAACCCCCCGAAAGGCAUCCCGCCUUUGCAUAUCUAUUGGAUGAAUAUUG